GCUGCCGCAGAAGUUCCUUUUCCUGCUCUUCCUCUCGGGCCUCGUCACCCUGUGCUUCGGCGCCCUGUUCCUGCUGCCCCACUCCUCUCGCCUCAAGCGCUUCUUCUUGGCCUCGCGGACCAAGCACCCCGGCGUGGAGGUGAUGGCCGAAAACGCCGGCCACCACCCGGUGUCCGAGCAGGAGUCGCCUCCCAACCCUGCCCCGGCGGCUCCGGCCCCGGGCGAGGACGAUCCCGGCCGCCGGGUCGGUGUCCUCCGUAGGAAAGGGUGGCUGCGGCGCAUCCGCCCCACCGGGCCCCGGGAGGAGGGCAACAGCGUUGCAGCCCCCAGGCCGCGGGAAGAGAGCGUCCGGUUCAGUUUCGACUACAAUGCUUUCCGAAGCCGCCUUCGACACCCGGUCUUGGGGACAAGGACUGAUGAUGACAGUAAGGAGUCCCAGAGUCUAGUGCGAGCUCAGCGAGAGAAAGUCAAAGAGAUGAUGCGGUUUGCGUGGCAGAAUUACCGCCGUUAUGCGAUGGGCAAGAAUGAGCUCCGGCCACUCACAAAGGACGGCUACGAGGGCAACAUGUUCGGUGGCCUCAGUGGAGCGACCAUCAUUGAUUCCCUUGAUACCCUCUACCUCAUGGAGCUGAAGGAGGAGUUCCAAGAGGCCAAGGCCUGGGUGCAAGACAGCUUCCACCUGAAUGUGAGUGGAGAAGCAUCUUUGUUUGAAGUGAACAUCCGCUACAUCGGAGGACUGCUCUCAGCCUUCUACCUGACAGGAGAAGAGGUGUUCCGAGUAAAGGCUAUCAAGUUGGGUGAGAAACUGCUGCCCGCCUUCAACACCCCCACAGGCAUCCCCAAGGGCGUUGUGAACUUCAAAAGCGGUAGCUGGGGCUGGGCCACCUCAGGCAGCAGCAGCAUCCUGGCUGAAUUUGGAUCCCUGCACUUGGAAUUUUUGCACCUCACAGAACUCUCUGGCAAGCCGGUCUUUGCAGAAAAGGUCAAAAACAUCCGCAAGGUCCUCAGGAAGAUUGACAAGCCCUUCGGCCUCUACCCCAACUUCCUCAGCCCAGUGAGCGGGAACUGGGUGCAGCAUCAUGUCUCAGUUGGAGGACUUGGGGACAGUUUUUAUGAAUAUUUGAUCAAGUCCUGGUUGAUGUCCGCCAAAACAGAUACGGAGGCUAAAAAUAUGUACUACAAAGCCUUGGAGGCCAUAGAGACUCAUUUGGUGAAUGUCUCUCCUGGGGGUCUGACCUACAUUGCUGAGUGGCGAGGGGGCGUUCUGGAUCACAAGAUGGGACACCUGGCCUGCUUCGCAGGGGGCAUGAUUGCCCUUGGUGCCGAGGAUGCCAAGAAAGAGAAGAGGGCCUACUACCGAGAGCUUGCAGCCCAGAUCACCAGAACAUGCCAUGAGUCCUAUGACCGCUCAGACACCAAGCUAGGGCCUGAGGCCUUCUGGUUCAACUUCGGCCGAGAGGCAGUGGCCACACAGCUGAGCGAGAGCUACUACAUCCUGCGGCCUGAGGUGGUGGAGAGCUACAUGUACCUAUGGCGGCAGACACAUGACCCCAUCUACAGACAGUGGGGCUGGGAGGUGGUGAUGGCCCUGGAGAAAUACUGCCGAACAGAAGCUGGCUUCUCAGGGAUCCAGGAUGUAUAUAGCAUCAACCCCAACCACGACAACAGGCAGCAAAGCUUCUUCCUGGCUGAGACGCUGAAAUACCUCUAUCUUCUGUUCUCUGAAGAUAACAUGCUGUCAUCGGAGGACUGGGUGUUCAACACUGAAGCCCACCCACUGCCUGUCAAUCACUCGGACAGAUCCAGCAUGGCUGGGCACCACCACUGACCAACUGACUGCACACCCGUGUCUCAGGGAUGCCUCUACUUUCUUGGGAUCCGGGACCGUUCUCAGAGGCACUGAGGACAGAAGGCCCAUCGUGGGCAGACCCUGGACGGAUGUGUUGGACAGGCGACUUCUUUUCCUCUGUGAGGAGACAGGAGCUGGUGAUGCACCAGCAUCAGGCCCGGGCUGUGGUCCCCGGUGCCUACACGUUCCUUUCUGCGGGGGAAUUUCUGCGUCCCCAUACUUGCUGUCACAGGGCCAAAGGACUGGAGGUUUGCGUAUCCACCCCCAUGUAUUUGAUUAUCUUCCUUUCUUGGUUUAGGGAGUUGGUUUUGCUUGAUUUUGUGUUUUUCCCCAUUUUGAAUUUUAUGACGAUUAUAAUUUUCAAAAUCAUGCACCUUCUAAAAUGGUGUCACCUAACUCAGAGAGACCUUAAGUGUUUGCACACGUGCACUCUUACCCGUCUGUUUUUAAUGCCUCUCACCCAACACUGACUGUUUUAUCGUAUGUCUCCUAUUUUAUCAUUUGAGGAGGUGCCCCCCCUUUGAUUUGGUUCCAGAUGUUACAAAUCACUAAUGCUAUUUUCAUUACUGUAAUGGAAAAACAUGUGAAGUAGAAUAAAGGAGUUUAUUGAAUAAGAAAUAAGAUUUGAACUCAUUGCCCACCAGUGGCUCCUGGGAAAAGUGUUACACCAAUGUCAUGAGAAACAGUCACCAGCCGUGGGAGCUGAGGUGUGAUUUAGUCAACCAUUCCCGCCUCUAUAAUGCUCCCUUCAAUUGGCCUGAGUAGAUCCAGGAAGUAUGAGGCCAGCCCUUUAGGUAGAGUUGGGUCUGUACUCUCAGAUGAAGGAAUGGAAGAAGCCCAGAGAGGUGAAGCUGUUUGCCUGAGGUCACACAGCAGAAAAAAGGCAGAAGUAAGCCUUGCUUCUGGGAUCUCCUGGCCACUCCUUCCUUUGUUCAUCUGCUGUCAUUCAGCUAUGCUUGAUGAGCACCUGCCAUGACCAAGUGCUUCACUUCAGACCAAGGACAAGGCUGAGGUGAGAUGGUCGCUGGCCUGCAGUGAGGGGACUCAGAUCAGAUGGUACUCCCAGGUCAGCGGAAUAGCUUCAGCUCAUUGGAAAUACCAACAAGGAGACAUGAGGUUGAGCCAACAAUAGUCAGGCCCUGGCUCAGGGGUUAGGGACAAUAGGUGACUUUUAAGCCACGACCCAAACUUAAGUAAGAGCUACAGGAAAGGACAUAGUUGGGUGAGGUCUGCCAACCCAGACCCCCUUCCCACCCUCCUUGUGCCUACCUCUGAUGCCCUAUGAACCCAGAGGCCAUCUGCAUAGCAAGGAGUCCACAUCACUACACUGAGGUGCCAAGGUUUCCUUUCUAGCCCAGGGCCCUUUACAGCCUGGCCACAGCUGAGGUAAUGCUGAGUCUUUCCCAGCCUCUUGGUCAGGUUAUGCUUGUCAGCUGGCCAUCUAAGUACUGGAGCUCUGAGCCUGAGGACUGCCCCCCACCCCCAAUUGUGUGAGCCCAGGCAAGUCACCUCACCUCUCUGGGCUCUUAUCCAUCAGCAUAAAUUCAACCAUUGAGAUGCUCCUGGUACCCUGUGGUUCAGGAUGUACUGCCUCCUUGUUCCGGAGGCUCAGACACUCCAGCUCCUCCUGAGCAAAGCUGUGCAACACACAGUCCCUGUACCAGGAGCCCCAGCCCUCAGAACAUCAGUCACACUUUAAUCAAGUGUCACAGAACAGGGUCUCCUGCUGCCCACAGCACACACUUCAAAAGAAAAGGGAAACUCACCGCACAAACUCACUGCACAAACACUGUAAGACAAUUAAAAAACCAAGAUAAUUAAAAAGAAAACACAGCCACUAUCCCGCUCUCUGGAAUGAAUACUGUUAUAUUUUCUUCUAGACCUUUUUCUAUGAAUAUAUAGAAUAUAUAUUUUACAAACAUGGUAUCAGCCUAAUGCAAACUGUUUUCUUAUAACCUGCUUUUGCGCUUAACUAUAUAUUGUGAACCUCUUUCCAUGUCAACAAAUAUACACGUAUGUCAGCA